UUCAAUAUUUACUUCCAUAUUUACGCGAGAAUGAAGUACCGAAUUACAUGUCUACUUUUUCUAAGCUUCGUCUACUCCAACGCUCUGAAACUUCAAGACUUAGGAGGUGAUUGGAUCCUUGAAGAUGACAAAAGAGAGUAUCGAAAUUUGAAAGCAACAGUCCCCGGAGGAGUUUACACUGAUCUCCUCAAUAACAACAUUAUAGAAGACAUCUUCUUCAGAUACAGAGACACCGAAUACAAAUGGAUCCCAAGAACCAACUGGACUUACAGCAGAACUUUCACAGUUGAUUCACAGCUUCUCAGUCAUGAGAACGUCAGAAUUAAAUUCGAAGGUUUGGACACCGUCUCAACAAUCGUCAUCAACAACGUAACAGUUGGUGAUACGGAAAACAUGUUCCGUCAAUAUUUAUUUGACAUCAAAAACUUGCUGCAUGAAGGUGAAAACGUUAUUGAAGUUCGUUUCUUUAAUCCCAUUGAAGCUGGUGAAAUCCGCAACAAAGAAUUCACCGAAGGUUACAUCAUACCUCCUGAGUGUGUACCUCCGGAAUAUAAUGGGGAGUGUUACGUUAACCAAUUGAGAAAAAUGCAGGCUUCAUAUUCUUGGGAUUGGGGGCCAUCCUUUCCUUCCGUGGGAAUCUGGAAGAACGUGACCAUCGAAGCUUACAACGAAGCUGUUAUUCAUUAUGUGGUAGCUGACGUUGCUAAUGCAACUGUUGAUGAUUGGCUUAUUAAUAUUGAUGUAUACUUUUCUGAUAAUAACGAUGGAAGUGUGCAAGGAAAGUUGCUUGCCCUUUUGGAAAUUAAUGAACACCUAAGUGUGACUCAACAAGUUGAAGUUAAUGUUAACAAAAAUGAAUACGAAGAACUUGUUCAAUACAUUAAUCUUACCAUAAAGAAAUCUGACGUAGAACUUUGGUGGCCUAACGGAUUUGGACAGCAAAAACUUUAUAAAUUGCAUGUUGUUUUUACCAGCAAUAAGGACCAAGAACAAUCAUCAAAGUCAGUAAGAAUUGGAUUCAAAACCAUCGAAUUGAUGCAAGAUGAAGUUGACUCCGGUAGGUUGUACUAUUUCAAAGUCAACGGAUUUCCAAUGUUCAUGAAAGGAGCCAACGAAAUCCCUCUGCACAUUCUUCCUGAAAAAGGCCAGGAAUUCGAACUGGUGAACAGCAUUUUAACAUCGGUGAGGGACUCUCACAUGAACAUGCUAAGAAUUUGGGGCGGUGGUGUGUACGAAUCUGAAGUUUUCUACGACCUUUGCGACGAAUUUGGCAUCCUUGUUUGGCAAGAUUUGGCUUUUGCCUCUGCUUUUUAUCCGGUCCGACAAAAUUUCAUUGAGUAUGUUUGCUACUAAUUAGUUCAGGUUUAAAACAAACUAAUUAAUUGUGUUAUUAGUAAUGCCGUCUUGGAGGUUCGUCACCAAACCAAGAGGCUUCGCA